UGUAUAUUUAAAUUUGAAAUUAAUAAUAAUUAAAAAGAGAAACAAGUUUACAAAAGUAUGUCGAAUGAAUGACAAAAAACAAAAAUUUAACUUUCUCCCCAAAAUCAAACAUGCAUAUCUACGUUCCUGAAGAGAUUAAGGAACUUUGAUUUAUUACAUUUAAAUCAUAAUAAACGUCGAUAUCGUUAUCGUUAUUCACAAACGUAUAUGUUGUAUGAACGGAAAGGGAAAGUUCGUAAAUUCUAUCCUAUGUGUUUCUUUUUUAUUUUAUUUUAUUUUAUUUUUUUCAUCUUUGAAAAAAAACCCAGCACAAAAUACAAGUGCGUUAAAGUGCACUAGUAACACGAAAGUAGCAGGGGUAGGGUAUAAAUUGUAAUAGGGACGAUGGUGUGUGGUGGUGAUUACGGUGGGGGUAAAAUUGGAAGGAGAGAAGAGAUGAUAUUGUGCGCGCGCAGUUUUGUCACGAGGUGGGGAGAAGGUCGCGCGCGGGAAUAGCUGUCGUAAGUGGGAGAGAGAGUUAGAGUGGUUGGUAGGGAGAGGGGUAUCGCGAGUUCGCACGUAACGUGUUCGCACGAGUUUUCAAACGGCAACGUUAGGAAGAAGAUCACUAUUGACUACUCUUCCCUUGUCUUCUUUUCGUUGCUAUCCACAGUUUACGUGUUAUUUUAUUAUUUAUCCAUUCUCUUUUCAUUAUAUUUUUUUGUAUUUUAUUUUAGACUAUCGAUCAACACAAAUCUUUUGAUCAAUGACUAACGUGCAUCGUGUAGUGAGGACUUUAGUGAAAUUAGAAAAAUAAAAAUCAAAAAAAGUGAUUUUUUUAUUAGUUAUCGUCAUUCGUUGUCAUCUUUAGGUGGACAUCGUUCGAGAAUACAGGUUUCGAUAAAAAAAAAGAACAAAAAAGUAAUCGCCGAAAAAAAUGUCGGUGGAGGAGGGUGGUAAAAUAAGGCGUCCAGCGAAGGCGCGGCUAACACAAGGAACGAUACGUAAAUGAAGCCAAAUGAGAGAGGAAUGACGCUUCCAAUAUCGAGCUAUGAGAAGCUUCUCGAUCAGGUUCGAGAGCUUACUCACGAGACGAGACUGUUGCAACGAGACUUGCAUUCUGCUCUCUACAACGCGAACAUCCCUCCCCCGGACGUGAAUCACAAUUUUACUUACGACAGACGCGAUUAUAAAAAAGGAAGAAUACUGGCAGACAAUAUAUUAAGAAAAGACGAAAAAAGACGUAGGACUGAGGAUGGACAAAGUCCUUUCGUUGAGUGCAACAAUCUUCGACUUCGUCCACGGUUCCUAUCAAAUUUGGAGAGUGUCGACUAUUUUAGAUCGAGCGACCUCACCAGUCGACUUUUGGCCCAGAGAAACUACGAGCACGAUCGAUUGAUCUCGCAGGAGGACGUGGAGGUGGUGGCAUCGAAGAAAACUUGGGGUUUGUUCCCAGAGGAGAAUACAGAAAGAAGAGUAGUAAUAGGAGGAGCGGUAAGAGUAGGAGAGAGAGGAGGAGGAGGAGGAGGAGGAGGAGGAGGAUUGGUAGGAGAAGCUCAUCACUCGUACGAGAGAUUCGAAGUGGAAGAGUGCGUUGGUAGUAGCAGCGGUUUGGGUACCAGCAGCAGUAGUAGCAGCAGUAGCAGCAACAAUUUGGUUCAAAGUAACAACAGCAGCAGCGGUAGCAGAAGUAGCAGAUAUAAUCCUGCAAGCGUUAGACGACCACCGAUCCGGAUUUUGGAACGCGAUAGUAGUACGGCCCUGGUUUACCCCGUGGUUGUCGCGGCGCACGAGCCGGAGACAAGCUGCUCGUCGAGACGUCCAGCCGCUUUAGCGGUGCCGGCAGUGCCGGUGGUGGUGGCACCCACGACGAUCAUCACCACCACCAACACCACCAUCAACACGGCUGCCACGACGGCUACUACUGCGGCAGCGGCUGUUAGAUCUGCCGCUGCCAAGAACUUGCUCAUCGAUGCUACAAAUACUACUGAUUUACGUCAAUCAAAUUAUCUAUUAUCAUCGGCCGGUUUUAUCAAGGAUACCAAGAAAGAGGAUGCCAUGGAACCCGAGAUCAAAGAAGAAGACGAACGGAGAUCGUCCACCUCCAGUCCUGAGUUUUAUGUGAGAAGAAAUAAAUGUUACAACGAGGAUGCCAGUAGCGAGGAAGAAAACAAGCCAGGCAGUUCCCUUCAAUGUCAUGGAUUACAAUCAUCCUAUAGCGGAACUUGGCCUAUCAGACGAGAUUUAUGGGCAAAUCAACAAAUGGGAUUUUCCAAUCAACAAAGUACAUCGAGUAUGUCUACCCAUAACGACAUGGCAAGUGUCAUGAGUUUUUCAUCAAAUUCUGGUACGAUGCUUGGUAAUUCGACGGAAAUGCAAGGACAUCGUAGAUUGGGAGCUAAAGUUGACGUUGUCUAUAAUUUGUUGAGCAUGUUAGGAAGUUCCGAAGGUCGAGAGGAUAUGAGUUCAACCUUAUUAUCAAUGAGUACUUCUAUCGACAGCUGCCUCGUUAUGAGACAAUCCGGUUGUCUACCUUUGCUCGUUCAAUUGAUUCAUGCUCCUGGACAAGAUCCAGAAACGAGAGAAAGAGCAUCCCGUGCGUUGCACAAUGUCGUUCAUGCAAAAAGCGACGAAAGAGCAGGACGUCGCGAGGCACGAGUUCUCAGGUUUCUCGAACAAUUACGAGAUUAUUGUCAAUCAUUAAGAACAUUGUUGGAAUCAGGACAGUCAGCGGAUCUUGACAAACAUCCAGGACCAACGAUAGCAGCCCUCAUGAAAUUAUCGUUUGAUGAGGCACAUCGUCAUGCGAUGUGUCAACUCGGUGGUCUUCAUGCUGUCGCCGAAUUAAUAGAGAUGGAUCACCUAGCUCAUGGCAGCGAAUGCGACGAUCAAAAUUGUAUCACUUUAAGAAGAUACGCGGGCAUGGCAUUGACCAAUUUAACGUUUGGCGAUGGUAACAACAAGGCUCUUUUAUGUUCCUUCCGUGAAUUUAUGAAAGCAUUGGUCUCUCAAUUGCGAAGCCCCAGCGACGAUCUCAGACAAGUAACUGCAAGCGUAUUGAGAAAUUUAUCAUGGCGAGCCGAUAGCAGUAGCAAACAAACGUUGAGGGAAGUUGGAGCAGUUACUGGAUUGAUGAAAGCUGCUAUGGAGGGUCGAAAAGAAUCAACUCUGAAGUCUAUAUUAUCGGCACUUUGGAAUCUAUCUGCUCAUUGUAGUACCAACAAAGUGGACAUAUGCGCGGUCGAUGGAGCUCUCGCUUUUCUCGUCGAUAUGCUCAGUUACAACGCUCCGUCUAAAACUUUGGCCAUUGUUGAAAAUGCCGGUGGUAUAUUGCGAAACGUAUCUUGUCACGUUGCCGUUAGAGAAGAUUACAGAGCUAUUGUACGAGAAAGGGGUUGCUUGCAAGUACUUUUACAACAAUUACGAUCACCCAGUUUAACAGUUGUCAGUAACGCCUGCGGAGCACUUUGGAAUCUUUCAGCGAGGUGUCCACAAGAUCAACGUCUUCUUUGGUCCCUGGGUGCUGUACCUAUGUUACGAAGUCUCGUACAUUCGAAGCAUAAAAUGAUAUCCAUGGGUUCUAGUGCAGCGUUAAAAAAUUUACUUAGUGCCAAACCUGGCUGUAGCAAUCUGGUUCAAUUGGAUUCAACUGCGCGCGGACUUGGAUUAUCGACCUUGCCAUCUCUCGCAGCUCGAAGACAACGCGCUCUCGAACAAGAAAUCGAUCAAAAUCUAGCUGAAACUUGUGAUAAUAUUGAACCCAGUACGUCACCAACUAACAAGGAAGAUAAAUUUACGUUUAAAGCUGAUCACAGUUUCCUCGCUGCUAAUACACGUGGAUUACGAUCUUACCAAUUGUAUAAUCAAUCUGGUACAUCCGGCAAUAAAUGUAACGGAGUUUCCAGAAGCGAAAGUAGAGAAUCCAUGAGGUCGGUAACUAGUACACAUUCUGACACGAUGUUUGAAAGAGUUCAUCGACACGUUAUGAAUGGAAUGUCGCCAACCGAAGCGCAAGGAAAACAAUCUUUAUCUUUACACGCAGCAACAGGAUUUGAUAAUGGAAUACAACUGGAUAAUCCAAAAACAACUUCAUCUGAGAAGAAAUACACGUUGCGUUACAAAAAUGCAUUACCCGACAUUGGAUUUGGUAAUGGCAGUGAAUUACGUUCAACUACUUCAACAAUAUCAUGGUCAUCUGUUCCUGAUCAAGAAGCUGUUUGUUCCCAAACUUUAUUACAUUCAUCUGUCGAAGACAACGCUUUGUUACUCAAUCAAAGUAUGUCAUCCACGUCUAAAUUCACCAGUCAAUCAAGCAUUUCGGAAGAUACCGAAGUAACUGUUUGUCAAAAUUCGGAAUACCGUAGCGAUAUUCCUAAAUCUAAAUCGGAAAUAUCGUCGCAACUAUCUUACGUACCUGAUAAUUUUUCAACUAAGCAAUGCGAGGAUUACGAUCGCAUGUUGUUGCAUCAACACGAUCCUCUGAAUUCGAUUCAAAAUGUAAUAUCACCUACUUUGAGUCAUAAUUCGGAAGAAUCAUUGUUUCGAAAUUAUACCGAAACUGAUCUAGAUCAGCCCACGGAUUAUAGCAUACGAUAUGCUGAGCAAACUAUUGAGGAUGACGAAAAACAGCACGCCGUAUAUUUUGUUACUACCGAACAAGGUCUCAUCUCAUCUUCAUUACCGAAUGAAGUCUCGUCCCAAGAAGAUGACACUGUUAAAAUGUAUUGUACCGAAGGUACACCACGUGGAAUUUCGUUGAAUUCUUCUCGAGCAGCUUCAUCUUCCGAUUUACAGGAAGACAGUAAAAUAAAAAGUUUAUCGAGAAAAUUAUUGGAACCCAAUAAAUUGCAUGAUACUGAGCAGAACGAUAAAGCGUCAUCUUUGUCGGAUGUCGUCGAAAAAGUUAAUCGUUUUACUAUCGGUCAAGAUAAAAAACAAGAUUUCAAUCCUACAAAAGAAUUCUUGAAUAAAACGACGUGGCAAGAAUCAUCAUCAGUGUCAAAUAAUUGUCAAUAUAAUCAAGAUAAUUCUUCAAAAAUAAAUUCAUCCGAUAUUAAAAUAGAUAAGCAUGAGAUAAUAACUAAUCAAAGCAUAGCAUUUGAUAGCGAGUCUAGAACUUCGAAAGAGUUAUUCCUAAACAAAGGUACUUCUUACGUUGGUAAUUUAGAUCAAGCUAGCGAUGUUGAUGAAGAUGAUGAAGAUUUACUUGCUGCUUGUAUCAACAUUGGAAUGCAAAACAAUAGACAUAGGCAUUCCUUCAUAGGAAAUAGUUUUGAAAAACUUCCAAGAGCAGAGAGUAAUUUGAUGAGGUAUCAAACCAGCAUUGCUUUAGAUCAAGUAGAAUCUAACGAUUCUAUUGGCUCUGCAAGUGAUUCUUUCAAUCUAAUACAACCAGAAACUGCUGGAAAAGCACUGCCUAUAAAUAAUUUGAGAGAGCAUUCGUCAUCAGUUUUGUUAGAUAUCAUUCAAUCGUCUAAGGAUGAAGUUUUGAUAACCAAAGAAGAUCAAACGAAUUCGAAGGAAUUAAGUAAAGAAAAAACGAUGCUUUCUCAAAAUAUGCAGAAAGAUUCUUCGAACGGUAACAUUAGCGUAACUAGUGUAACAAAUCAUAAUAAUUUAUCUGCUCAUACUGCAUCUUCAACAAUAGAUGUAGCUCUUAGUAGUAUUAAGAAAACAACUACAUCAAAUAUCAACUAUUCCAUACAAGAGAAAUCAGAGCCUUCUUCUGUAACUUCUAACGAUGUUUGCAUCAACAAAGAUCUUGAAAUCCUGAAGAAAGAUGAAUUAUUUACAGAAACAGAAAUUGUAGAAAAUGCAAACGAAACAAGAAUAAAGAGUACAGAUUCCGAAAGCAGUAAUUCCAUCGAUUCGGUUGAACAAUCGGAACACGCAUUGUUAGAACUGUGCAUACAAAGUGGACUUCCUAAGGCGACUGAAAAUAUUACAGGAAAGCUUAUUUCAAUUAUUAAUCAACCAAAUAAAUUAUUGAACGAUGAAUCUUACACUUAUUUGAAAAAUUCCUUGAAAGAUGAGAGUAGUAUUGAAAGUACGAAGGAUGAUCUCGAUGGAAAGGAAACGUACGUUGUUGAUAAGACGAUUAAACGUGUGGAAGAAGAUGUUUAUAGACGGCAACGCGAUCCCGACGCUAUGAUCGCAUCGUUGGAUCGGCUGACAGCUACUUUGGUACAACAAACCGAAGCGAUACGUGAAAGAGAUUCUUCAAAUACAAUGAAACAAAGUAUAUUGAGUGAUACGUGGAACGAAGAUUCCCCCAAUGAAAUGUCUUUUCCAAGUAUAAGCAUUAGUGCUCCUAUGAUUCCUUCCUUCAAAAGCGAUGUUCCAGAUGGUCAAACAACAACCAUGUCUGAUAUUGCGGAAGGUGAAGACGAUGAACAUGUAAGUAUGACUGAUUCCAAAAUCAUUCAGCAGGAAGCUAUUAAAUUAGCAGAAGCAGUCGAUGCUGAAGUUAAUAAGCAAAAUGAAAUGGAAACAACAAGUAUGACAUCUAUUGAUCUCGACGCCAUUAAACCACCAUCGUCUAUGGGAAGUUUAUUGUCUUUGACCGCCAGUUACGCUGGACCUACGGAAAACACAGAAAGUUACGUGAACAGAGAUAGAUGUUACUCUACUUCUCUACCACCCGUUCAAACUAAGAAUCAAUCGGCUACCGAUACGCGAAAUUGUCGAAAGAAAUCUUUGCCUCUUGGCGUUGUGGCUAAAAGAGCAUUGAAUCAGGGACAAAGUCAUACUGGUAGUUUAGAGAAUUUGCUCAACGAUUGUGUACACUCUCAUUUGGAAAACGUUAAGCCACCUUCAGUAAUGGACGAAUUGUUAGAUGUUGGAGAUAUGGAAAACAGUAUGCUGAGUGUUGCGAGUAUUACCUCGGAAGUAGCUGAUAAUAAAGAUCAUGAUUCACAUUCAUUAUCAGGAAGUGAUCCAGUAUUUGAUCUUCUUAAGCCUGUCGCUAAUGUAUUGUCAAUUACAUGUAUGCGAUAUGCCGAAGGCAUGCAAUCUAGUGGAAACAAUAGCCUGAGUGAAUAUUUAGAAAACAUUAAUCCUCCAUCUCUCUUCAACGAAGUGAGUGAAAUGGAUCAAUCGACGGUGGAAGGAAACACAGAUACUCUGUGCAACGAUACUUUAUGUAUAGAUGCAGAAUUACGCACAGAAGAAGUACCACCUACUCUGGUAGAAGCUAUUGACGAAGGUGAAAACGAUACCGACGAAGGAGUUACUACAAUUUCUUCGGAAUAUUGUCUCAGCAGUUCUGCAGAGUCGACUCCAAAGAAAAGAUCGAAUAAAAAUCAUUUGACGCCAAAACAAAAAAGAAACUUGGCAAAGGAGAGAUACAAAACGUAUACGAUCGCUGCUGAAUUUGUUAAGAAAGAAGAAGAGAGGCGUAAGCAAGAAGGUAAACCAGGAGAAACGCCAAACAAAAUAAUCCAAGGCAAGUGUUCUCCUAUCUCUAAAUUAACACCCAAACAACGUAGACAAGAAGAUAGGGCACGUUUUCAAACUCAAGUACUUGAAAAUCCAUUUCCAAGUAUCAAUGUGCUAGCAAGUAACAAAGAAGAAAUAGAACAGUCAUGUCAACAAAAGGAUCCAGAAGUUGAAGAUCCAGCAUCUGCUAGCAAAUCUUCCAUCCCUACGCUCACAAAAUUGCCGAUGCCUAAAGCAUUGAGGAAGAAGCGUGCCGAAAAUCAAGAAAAUAAAGAAAGAUAUCGCACAAGAACGUUAAAUGAUUCGGAGUGUUUGCAAAAGACUGAUGACUGCGAUUUAGAAGCAACGGUAAAUGUUUUAGAAAAAGAAAAUACUGAUAACGUGCACAACGUUGCAUUAGAAGAAAUCAAUAACAUGUUAGAGCAUAAUGCUACUAUAGUAUUAAAUACCUUGAAUGAAUCUAGUAAGAAUCAUGCGAUUUCUCUUGGUGACGAUGUUCUAUUGGAUCAAGAAACUUUAAGCCUAGUAUCGAACGAAUCUGGGUCUGAACAAAGUCUAAGAUUGUGCUUUGUCAAUGGGGUAUCUAAAAAACUAUUGGAUACGUAUACUCAUCAAACACAAGAAAUUUCGCAAAAAUUCAAUCACAAUGUCCAGGAAGAAAAAGAUAAAUCUGACGUAGAACAUGCUCAAGAAGAAAUUGAUCCUGUGGAAUCGGGGAGCGACAAUGGUUCUAAUUGCACCGAAGAACAAUGUCAGGUAUUGAAACGUCCGCGUAUAAUUAAACCAGGAAUGAGUAGCAGUAGAGACGUUAGCGCGGAUUCGAAUAAUACUGACAAGUCAGAACCGGGAAGUCCAAAAGCAAUUCGUGGAAGGAGAAAAGCAUUGUAUUCUAAUCCAAUUACUAGAAAACCAACUCCGCAGUCAUCGCCCUUGAAACAUCCAACUCCAAUUAGCGCUAUUCCUAUUGGACGUAGUAACACCUCUCCUAUUGUUAGAACUACUAGGGCUACUACUCUUAGGCAAAGUAACGGUUCAGGUGUAACUGCUACUACAAAAGAACCUUUGAAGACAAAUACCAGUCCAAAAAUAUCCUCUGCUAUUGCCAGUUACGAAAAUAAAAUUAAAAAUAUGAAUGCUGCGAGUAAAAGAACAUCGGUUCCCAGUAAAGGAUCUUCGUUAACAUUUACUAGACCCAACAAACGUCACAGUACACCUGCAUGCUCUUCAAAUAGCCAAGGCGAAUGUAAAGCUGAAGUACCACCGACAAAACCAUUAGAACGUCAAGGAACAUUCACUAAGGAUGAGCCAGAAGUAGAAAAUGCACCAACAGUAUUUUCACCAGCCUCACCGGUAAAGACUAAAAUUGCUAAACCAAUAAAAGGAACGUCAAAGAUUCAUCCGGCCGUUGGAAAAUCGAAAAUUUCAGUAAGAGCUCAUCAAACAUAUCAGACGAAAGGUGUGAAAGCAAAUGGUAUUGAAAAACCACAGGUAUCGAAAGUCGUGCCAACGUUAGGAAUUCCUAAGAGCAGUGCUAAAUUAACAGGAACAGGUAAAGGUUUAACAAGUAAUCAGAGCGCAUUGCAAAAUGAUAGUGGAAAAGUUUAUAGAAAGGUAGGACCAUUAGGUCAGAGAUCCAACAGUAAUUCUAGCAUUAUAUCCGAUACGUCGAACGGCGUACAAGGUCGUAGAUUAGCAAAGGAAGCUACGAGUAAAAUUGCUAGUCUUUGGAAGAAGGUAGAAGAAAAUAAGACCAAACAAUUGUCUGAUAAAUCGGACGCGAGAAAAUGGAUAACACCUGUUAGCGGUGCGACGGAAGUAGUAGACGGGCAAAUAAUUUCAAGCAAACCACCCGCGUUUAGAUUGUUCCGUAGCUCAACGUUCGAAGGAGUUCCUCAAGACGACAGUCAUAAGUUGUCUAUACAAAAAUCUCGAUCCAAACAGCCAUCUAUAAUGAACGUUCAAGCCAACGGAAUAAAAUACAGAAAUUCGUGCGAUUUGAGCGGUAUGAACGCGAGCGAGGCGCCAUGUAAGAUUCCUGUUAAAUCAUCUAAUCCUACCACAUCAAAAAAAGAUAUCGUACAAGGAGAUAAUAGCGUUGUUUUACGGCGUCAACAGGGAAACGAUGCUGGAAAUGAAAUUGACAGUGUUAAACGCAUGUCACGGCUUGGUUCUUUUAUAACAGUAGACCCACCAAAUUCGGAUAUUGCACAAAUACCAGUUAUGUCCAUGGGCACUGGACGUACACCACCGGCAUCAGCUGUCGUACCACCCUUUAAUUACAAUCCUAAACCGGCAGACAUUCCUUCGCACAUAGUUAAAUCCAGAUCAGAUGACAAUGGGGAAGGAAAGUUCGAAGUUACGGAUAGUCAAACGGAAAUAGUUACGGCCUCUUCGAGAGUAACGACGGUAUAGAGUAACAUCUUACAAGUUUUGUAGCAGUAAUUUUUUAUUGUUGCAAACCUAGUCAUUAUAAAAAAAUG